CAGGCGCUCUCUGGAGUUGGUGAAACAAGGCAAGAAAGAGCUCAGAUAACUGAUAACACUGCUCUUGAAGCUGCUCUAAAUGCUCGGUUUCUGUUUCAAAUUGGCAUCUUCUCAGCUGCGCCAAUGAUUUUGGGCUUCAUCUUGGAGCAAGGUUUCUUAAGGGCGGUUGUCAGUUUUAUCACAAUGCAGUUGCAGCUUUGCACUGUUUUCUUCACAUUCUCUCUUGGUACAAGAACUCAUUAUUUUGGUCGGACAAUCCUGCAUGGUGGUGCCAGGUAUCAAGCUACUGGUAGGGGUUUUGUGGUACGCCAUAUUAAAUCUUCUGAGAACUACAGACUAUAUUCUCGCAGUCAUUUUGUUAAAGGGCUAGAAGUUGUGCUUUUGUUGGUGGUAUACCUUGCAUAUGGGUAUAAUGAGGGUGCAUUGGCCUACAUUCUUCUUUCAAUCAGCAGUUGGUAUAUGGCUCUUUCAUGGCUUUUUGCCCCCUAUUUGUUCAAUGCUUCUGGAUUUGAGUGGCAAAAGAUUGUGGAAGACUUCAGAGAUUGGACAAAUUGGCUAUUUUACAGAGGCGGAAUUGGAGUUAAGGGAGAAGAAAGCUGGGAAGCUUGGUGGGAUGAAGAACUGGUGCACAUUCGCACCCUGAGAGUAAGAAUAUUGGAGACUAUUUUAAGUCUGAGAUUUUUCAUCUUCCAGUAUGGCAUUGUCUACAAGCUAGACGUGCAAGGAACAAAUACUUCAUUGACGAUUUACGGCUUUUCCCGGAUCGUACUUGCUGUUCUUAUACUCCUCUUCAAGGAGAAAGCAUACAAUGAUUGA